GAGCUCUGCUUACACUGAGCUGCCGCAUGCUUGCGCGCAGCACGCCUUACACCUGACUUUGUGACACAGCCCACUCGGUUGCCCUAAAGUCACAGCGCACCAGCUACAUGGCAGUUCCUUUUAUCUCUCAACUAACUCAUCCCCUAACUACAGCCUGGUGCAGUUCAUCAUGAGCCGAUGGACCGACAUGGACAGUGACGCUGAGCGCCUCCCCUCUGGCUUUGAGCGCUUAGGCUAUGACGCCGACACGCAAACCUACACCUUUCGCGACGCAGACGGUAUCAUGUACGAGUCAGAACCUGGAAAUCGUUACAGCAAACUGCAUCGUGUCGAUUCGCAAUCAUCGUCGCGAUCUUCGCGGUCCGCGUCUAUCCACCUUCUCGACAACCGCAACGGGCGGCCCUCGCGCACUUUUGAUGAAAUGUUCAACGAUCAUCAAGACGUGAUAAGCAAGGACAAUAGGGAAGCGGUGCGUAUGAUGUUGCCAUUUGCGCUCAUAAUCUUGGUCUUCUUGAUCCUGGUGUUCAAGCUCUUGUAUGCAGGUGAUGCCGAGUCGCUAACUCCUGCCAAAGAGUCACUCGAUUGUCAUCAAGGCAGCCAUGAAGUUCCGAUUAAACAAGGAGAUACGUGCUGGGCUAUUGCCCAAACUAGCCACGUCACUGUGGAAGAAUUGCUAGAGUUGCAGGGCAACGCGCAUGUGGAUUGCGAUCGAUUGGUGCCAGGCAAAGGCAUUUGCGUGCCUGCCUAGAGAGAUGAUAUCGUAGCAAAUCUUUCUUAAUUUAUACAGUCUUAUCGCAUUAGGGUCAAUGAAAAACAGAGUCAACACUAGGGUGCCAA